AUGCGUUGUAGUUUGCGGGCAUUGUCACGGCCUGCUAAUCUUUGCCGCCCCAUCUCAAACCAACGCUUCUACGCCGUUCAAGCUGCGGGUGCUCCCCGCUUUCAAGUCUUCAACCGACGAACAAAAUGGCUUCAAAAGGAGCGUACUGCCAUCAACCCUGAAGAGAGUCGGGAGGCUGAUUACCUCAAGGAUGAGGUUGCCAUCCGUCUGUCUGAACGACUCCUUGACAUCAACCGACACUUCCCUCGAGUGCUAGAUCUCGGUGCAAACUCUUGCAAUAUUGCGAGGGCUUUAGUCCAGGAGAACCCUGAUCCUGAUCCUGCGAUGCCCGUCUCUCCACCCUUAUCCACAAGGAUCGAUGAGUUGGUUGCCGCAGACUCCUCUCAUUCACUACUCUAUCGAGAUGCCGAUCUUGAGUUUAACAAGCAACUCAAGAUUACACGGCAGGUCCUAGACGAUGAGGAGACAGUUCCAUAUGAGCCAGCCUCAUUCGAUCUAGUGAUGAGCUCAUUGAGUCUUCAUUGGAUCAACGACUUGCCCGGUGUCCUCACUCAAAUCAACAACAUCCUUAAACCGGAUUGUCCCUUUAUCGGCGCCAUGCUUGGAGGUGAUACACUGUUUGAACUGCGUACUUCACUUCAGCUGGCCGAGUCAGAAAGACGUGGUGGCAUGUCUCCUCGGGUCUCUCCGCUGGCUGAUGUGAGAGACGUGGGUGGCUUGCUUCAGAAAGCCGGCUUCAAGAUGUUGACCGUGGAUGUCGACGACAUUAUUGUUGACUAUCCCGAUACAUUUGCUUUGAUGCAGGAUCUCCAGGCCAUGGGAGAAGGCAAUGCCAUCCUCGGGAGGGAGAUGGGGCCUAUCCAGCGAGAUGUCCUUAUUGCCGGUGAUGCCAUCUACCGCGAACUACAUGGUAACCCGGACGGGACUAUUCCAGCGACCUUUAGAAUCAUAUACAUGAUCGGAUGGCAUGAGGGCGAGAAUCAGCCAAAACCCCUAGCUAGGGGUAGCGGUCAAGUCAACUUGAAGGAUAUCUUGGAGCAAAAGUAG